AUGGAAGAUUUCAUUUUGUCCGAAAAUCCUAAGUUACAAUCUCACAAGGAAUCAUUAAUAUCAUUAGAAUCAUCUUCAUACUUCUCUUCUAAUACUAUUGAGAAAACUAGGGAAAAUUCAAGUGAUGAAAACGAAACUUCAGAUACAUCAUAUGAAUCUGAACAACAACCAUUAACACCUUACAACUUACGAUUUUUUAAAAAUUUUUAUUGGUUUGAAAAAGUAGCUCGGAUUAAUGAAUGGCUUGAGGUUUCUCCAGAUUUGCUUUCUUAUCCAUAUCCAUAUUACUUUCCACAAUAA